UUGACCUUCAGCUUUUAUUUUGACAACUAGAAACCGGAAGUACAAUGCAGUGUGUCCUGCUUGCUUCACAUUUGUACAACAAGAGCAGGAUGUAGCGGUACAUGAAUCGGGUUCGCUUUACAUCAAUCCUACCACCAGAAGACCUUCUCUCUAUUCAUGUCGACGCGGUGAGUCGAAUUUUGGGGGAUGGGUGUUGCAAGGAUCGUAAGAACAGACGACUAACGUUAGAAAAAUGUCCAACAUCCUCGAUGCGGCGUCCAAAAUAAAGUGGGACCGUACGGCUGCGGCGAAGAAAGCCGUGUUUCUUGCAGCAGCUGCUUACGGUGUCAAAACACUGUACCCCAUCAUCUGCAGGCAGCUCAGCAAAAACAAAGAAAACAGGAAUAAUCGCCGGGGUUCAAAGGCGGAAAACGGUGCUACUUGUUUGGAAAAAACACUGGUAUGUACUGCGGGGCAGAAGAAGUCAUCCCCUGGAGUAAAUGCGGUUUUUUUCAGGCAGAUCCUCGAACUUGGUAAAAUCCUCUUCCCAAAGCUUGUGUCAAAAGAGCUCGCUUUGCUCUCCUUGCACUCGGUGGCGUUGAUAUCCAGGACGUUUUUGUCUAUUUACGUGGCCAGCUUGGACGGGAAGAUUGUUAAAACGAUAGUGGAGAAGGAACCCAGGAGCUUCAUUUACCAGCUGAUGAAAUGGCUCCUCAUUGCCAUCCCGGCCACGUUCGUCAACAGCGCUAUCCGGUUCCUGGAGUGCAAACUGGCUCUGGCCUUCCGCACCCGGCUGGUGAACCAUGCAUACCGGACCUACUUCACCGAUCAGACCUACUACAGAGUCAGCAACAUGGACGGAAGGCUCGCCAACCCGGACCAGUCUCUCACAGAGGACGUCAUGAUGUUUUCUCAAUCCGUGGCUCACCUCUAUUCUAACCUCACCAAGCCAAUCCUGGACGUGGUGCUGACUUCCUACACCCUGAUUCAGACAGCGAGAUCCAGGGGGGCCAACGCCAGUGGGCCGACCCUGCUGGCCGGCCUGGUGGUCUUUAUCACGGCUAAGGUCCUCCGGGCCUGCUCCCCCAAAUUUGGCAAACUGGUGGCCGAGGAGGCUCACAGGAAAGGCUACCUGCGCUAUGUGCACUCCAGGAUCAUUGCAAAUGCGGAGGAGAUCGCUUUCUACAGGGGACACAAGGUGGAGAUGCGUCAGCUGCAGAAGUGCUACCGAGCUCUGGCGGACCAGAUGAACCUGAUCCUGUCUAAACGUCUGUGGUACAUCAUGAUCGAGCAGUUCCUCAUGAAGUAUGUGUGGAGCGCCUGUGGGCUCGUCAUGGUGGCCGUGCCGAUCAUAACGGCCACCGGCUUCGCUGAUAACAAAACAGCAGACGGACGCACACACGUGAUGGUGAGCGAGAGGACAGAGGCCUUCACCACCGCUCGUAACCUCUUAGCCUCAGGGGCUGACGCCAUCGAGAGGAUCAUGUCAUCCUACAAAGAGGUCACGGAGCUGGCAGGCUACACUGCACGGGUCCACAACAUGUUCGAGGUGUUUGAGGACGUCCAGAGGGGGGUUUACAAGCGCUCCUCUCUAUCUGCCACGACAGGAGCCGAGAAGAAAAGCAAGCCUGAGCUGCACAUAGACGGACCUCUGGAGAUAAAAGGCGAAGUGAUAGAUGUGGACAACGGCAUCGUGUGUGAAAAUGUCCCAAUUAUUACGCCCAAUGGGGACGUAGUAGUGUCUUGCCUGAACGUCAAGGUGGAGGACGGCAUGCACCUCUUGAUCACAGGGCCUAACGGCUGCGGGAAGAGCUCUUUGUUCAGGAUCCUCAGCGGCUUGUGGCCUGUCUAUGGCGGCCGCUUACACAAACCCUCUCCUCAACACAUGUUCUACAUCCCUCAGAGGCCAUACAUGUCAGUGGGUACACUGAGGGACCAAGUGAUCUACCCAGACUCGGUGGAAGACAUGGCCUCCAGAGGCUUCGGUGACAAGGACCUGGACAUCAUCUUGGACAUAGUCAACCUAAAACACAUCGUCACCAGGGAGGGAGGCUGGGAUGCUGAGCUGGACUGGAAAGACGUGUUGUCAGGAGGCGAGAAGCAGAGGAUGGGCAUGGCUCGCAUGUUCUACCACAGGCCCAAAUAUGCACUGCUGGAUGAGUGCACCAGCGCUGUGAGCAUUGACGUGGAGGGAAAGAUUUUUCAGACUGCUAAGGACUCCGGCAUCUCUCUGCUCUCCAUCACACACAGACCAUCCCUGUGGAAGUUCCACACCCACCUGCUGCAGUUUGACGGGGAGGGAGGAUGGCGUUUCGAGCAACUGGACACGGCGACGCGCCUCUCCCUCACCGAGGAGAAACAGCGACUGGAGACUCAGCUGGCCGGCAUUCCCGAGAUGCAGCAUCGCCUCAACGAGCUCUGCAAGAUCCUGGGAGACGACUCUGUCCUCAAAACAUCCGAGGAGUGAGAAAGAGAAAGAGAGGGAGGGAAGGGGGGAAGAGGCCCAGAGGGGGAACGAAUAAAGAGGGUAGAAGAAGAGGAGGAGUGGGGGAGGAGGAGAAGAAAAGGCUAUGAAAGAAUGAUUUGUUAAUUAUUUCCAGGCUUUCUUUUUGUUUUCUUUUGCUUAUUUAGAUUUGUUUCUUUAGCUCCGAGCCUCUCCCUUGUACCAUAAGCAGGAGAGCUCUUAAUCCCAGUCCUUUCAGCUUUUCUUUUCUCCCCUCUCGUCUUUUAAUCUCUCUUUUGCCCCGCUUCAUGCCGAGAAGUUGAGGCGUGGAAGUGGAUUCAGUAUUAUCACCCCUUCUCACACACAUCGACUGCAUACUGGGUUGUAGAUUUUAAACGUUCGGUUUUGUUUUGUAGCACUUUACUCUGCUUCUAGAGGGCUGUUUCCGUUUGUCGAAAAAGGUGAUAGCUGCGUUUUCGCUGGAAAACUUUUGAAUCUAUCGAGAACCACUUAAUAAUAUCCAAAGCAGUAUUCCACGCCCAGUAUACCGGGUCGUGCAGGAUCGUCAUUUGUUAUAAUUUAGAAGUAGAUUUGAGCUUUUACUGAACUUAAGGUGACCUCUUGGAUUUAAGAGGUCAAAAGAGACUAUUUUUCAAAAUAUCACAAUAUGCCUUUUGUUUUAUUUGGUGUACCUAACCGCUGUACAAUCCCUUUUCUUAUACCUCAUCUUACCCCUUUUUAAGACCCCUUGAACUGCUGAUACAGGCUCAGUUGCAGACAACAAAGAAAAAACCCCAUCUAGGGUCUAUUAUUAAAAUGAUCAGUGAUGAAGGUCUGACUCAAAAACUAUAGGUGUCUGCUUUAUUGAACAAAUACAAUGAACUAAAAAGGCCUACAAACGAAGAAGAGCAAAGAGCAAGCCUAUUUACGCUGGUCUAUUGAGUAGUCACAUAUGGUCUGUUCUUGGAUUCACAGGUAGACACUGUGUAAGGGUCAGACACACACAGGCCACCUGUUAAGCUGUCCUCUGUGUUGACACAAAACACCAUUGCGUGUCUGACUGUGCCAGAUGCAUGCUGGGACUCUGCUUAGUCAGCAGUGAUAUGUGGGUCCUUUCGAGCCUGUUUAGCUGCAAAAUAGCAUAAUGGGCUAACAAAAUAUGCAAAUUUACUUAAAGGAGAUUCCAUAUUAAUUUGCUGUUUGAUGACGCUAUAUUGCUGUGCUCCAACUAUUACUUCUCAACUUUUUAAAAUGGAUUAUCUUUCAAUAUCAUUGAGUGUGUUUACAUGGAGUUGUAUGUUUUAGAUAAUACUUAAUAUUAUGUUGACAUAUUUGAGGACUUGUUGGGUCCAGGGCUAAUAUGAACAGCUUAAGUACAUGCUUUCACUCAUUUAACCUCCAUGUUUGUUGACAGAAACUUAUCUUGAAGUUGUGAAACUGUGAAUUAGUUGUUUGCUACAUUACAUACAUCAUUUAUUUCUGCUGGAUAAGGUAUACAUUGUGUGCUGUGGUAGUUCUAAGCUGUGGUUGGGGCUGCUUUUACAAAUUGUCCCUUUUGUGGUUCAGACCUGUGUCCUGCAUAACGAGUCAGCAAAAGUAAAUGAGGCUGUUUGUCCUCCCAGAUUAGUGAAACACAACAGGGUAUCUUUGAUGUUUCUGCUAUUCAUUUAUAGACUUUCAGAUUUCACCAGAAGCACGGGUUAGAGUUUUUACACAUCAAAUUGGGCAUAGAGCUUAACAGAAAUUGAAUUACAUACUGUAUGUGAAGGUACAUAGAAAGAAAUAUUUGGUGAAAUCUUAAUGUCUUUACCUUGACAUUUCUGGUGUUUGGUUAACAGACAAUUGACAAUCAGUCACAUCAUCAGUGGUAUAUGAAGAAGUGCACAGCCCUAUUUUAAACUACACUUGGCUUGUGAUUGUCUGUAGAAAAAUAAGUAAACGAUUCAUCUUUUAAGGUUCAAAGCUCGAACUGCAUUACCUUAGUUAUGGAACUAAUUAUGUAAAUUGAUACCUAUGUUGGCAACUCCCUCAUGCCUUUUAGUAGACGGCGCUGGGACUGCAGCCAACAUCUUUGCUCCAUUCAGAUUUUGUACCCUCCCAUUUUGAAUUUUAGUGUACAGUUCGAAAAAAGGACUUAAUACCAUUCGGAUGCAGCCCUGUUAUACUCAGGAUUAUGGCUGCUAGAUUCCAGAAGGACAACAUAAUGUGGAACCCCACUCCCCCCCAAAAAAUGUGAUUGGUGAAGAAAAACUAGAAAUGCCAAUUUAUCCCUUUAAUAUCUAAAGGGGGAAGUCACUGGAUUGCCCACUGAUUAUCUUGUCUGGAUGGCAAAGAAUAAAUAACACUUGCAUUUAGUAUGGAGAAGAGUGUCAUAGGCAUAAAGCCGUGGCUACACUGGACGUGCAACUGAAGCGCAGCGCACGUUGCAACAAUCGAUUCCAUUGUAAUCAAUAAAGGGGCUACACCAGACAAGUGCUCCGCAAGCGCCGCGCAGAUUUGCUAAAAUAGACCAGUCUUCUACUUAUAGUUUUUUGCGCGGGGUGUGGGCGACCCUUUUUACAGAGAAAUGGGUCAUAACAUAUGUUUGUAUGUUGUUGUUGUUUUUUAUUCAACUACCGGUGUACAGGAAAUGAAUACAUGUUCCCUUUCACCGGAGACUCUGAUAGACAAGUUGCCAUGGAGAUAUCUGUUGUCGUCAAUUCAUUAGCCAAAUUAUUCAGCCUACAGAUAAGAUAACGACAGACGAUCGAUGGAUGAAACACAAACUCGGUGUUGCAGUUUCAUCAAGACAACCAAAGUCUUGUUUUGCCUGUACGUUGCGCUGUACCUGCGCUGCCGGUGUAGCCAGUCAAAUGACACAUUCCGCAGAACGUGCGCUCCGCGUGCGCUGCGCUUCAGUUGCACGUCGGGUGUAGCCACGGCGUAAGUCUUUUCAACCGGGUUCUGUACUGCUGUUCCUGACCUCAAAUCAGUUAUCUGCCUGUCAGUCAGACUCUGUUGACAGGAGGCCAGAGAGCCGCUGAAUGACACAGAGGCUGCCAAGUCACACUGGCACAUGAGGUCAGCUAAAGAGCACACAGUGCCUGACAUUUUUAGGCAUGAGCUUCUUAAGUUAAAAAGUAUGAUAUAGUACUAUUUCAGGAUGAGGUAAUAAACGAUGAGGUGCUGUAUCUUAGUAUGUUUUUAUUUUGCUUCGCUAUAGAUGCUUUUUUUUGGUCAAAAUUGUAGGUAUUAUUUUUUCUGUGGUUUGAGUUGCUUAAUAUGGUCUGUUUUGUGCAGCAUGUUCUCAAAGGAUGACCAAUUGUUUAAAUUAAUAUAUGGCUAAUGUGAGGCUAAUUUGACACACAGCAAAACUGAGUCUAGCUAAGGCUACACUCUCAACAUUGAAAUCACUUGCUCUCUAGUAUCCUGUGCACAGGACAUGUAUUCUUAUUUACAUCUUUUCUUAUUUUUAAUGUCUAAAUAAGGGGCUAUGAUCAGAAUUCCUAUAUCAUCAAUGGGCAGACCGUGACAAUUAUAAAAAUUUAGCAGCUAGCUAGCUAGUGUUACAAGUGUAACAUUAAGCUAGCAGCUUAAUGUCCGGUUGUUUUUGCUAAAGAAAUACAUGAUGUAUAGGACUUCAAAAUGAGUUUUAAUGUUGCUUCAUAUCUGUAAAAUGUGUAAAAAGGCCACUGCUAGUAAGUUUGUAAAAGCCACUUAUAAGGAUGUUCACAUUUAGCAUAACUUUAAUGCUAGCUUGUGUCUGCUGCCCUCGAGUGGCCAAACAUCGUUAUUGCAGGCCAGUAACUUUAUUAUUUUUCCAUGACUGAAGUUGAUUCUAGGCCAAUUGCAAGGCGGAGUAAAAGUCUACAUUGACUUUAUAUUUUAAUAUGGCACCUCAUCAUUUCUUACUGCUUAAGGAAACCAGUUAAGAUAGCUUACUGACCACUGAUGUUAGGCCUUCAGUGCCAUACUACUUUUGACCUAGGCUGUACUGUAAUGACAUCCUCACUAACAAACUUUGAUACUAAAAUGUUAUCAUUUUAUCUCCCCAUAUGUAAUUAAGAGAUUGAAUGUAUCUAUGAUGUUUGAUUAAUAAUCUCUAAAGGUUAUGAAGACAAUGAAUACAUGGGUCAGAUCAUACAAGAUUGCUUUGUGUUUGAUAUAUGAUGAUUUUGUAAUUGUAUUGAUUGUGCAUGAAGAAUUAUUUUAUUAUUUUAGAACCACAUUGAAUUGGGAUUUACUUUAAAUGUGGUUUGUCAACUGGUACAGUGGGAAAGUGCAAAUGUUGGUGUAUGACAGAAUGAUGAGAACAAGGGAUACAGUUUCUCCAGUCCCGGUUUAACUACACUUUGUAGUUACUGCAUAAUUACAGUUUUUAAUCAAAACCCAUAUGUAACUAUUUUAUAUUAUGAAUUCCUGGAACAGUAGCUCAGACUUCCGUUUUUAGGAUCUCAUUGUGCAUGUGUAGGAAUCUAUAUUCUUUAAACUUAGAACCAAGAGAGGUACAUCGGCAUAAAGGUCAUCUGUUCAAAAAUCAUGUGCAAAGAUCACUUUAUGUUAAAAGAUGAAGAUGUAUUUUCUUGUAAAUAAACCAAUACAGUGCAACCUCGAAAGAA